UAUUCAAAAUGGUGGAGAAAAUUCUGACGAAGACGACGAAUGGGUUAUAAAUAUAUUUUCGUUUAGAUAAUCACUACACCAAAAUGUAAAAUUCAUACAGACAAGUAUUCUACCUUACAAUCAGUAUUAAGUAUGCCUGCUCCUAAGGUGAUUGUUGACGAGACUGACGUCGUCAAAUUGGUAUCAGAAUUUCUCCUCAAUAGAGAUCUGAAUAUCUCCAUGCUUUCUCUAGAGCGAGAGACAGGCAUUAUCAAUGGCGAAUUUUCUGAUGACAUGCUGUUUCUGAGACAGCUUAUUUUGGAUGGCCAGUGGGACGAUGUCAUUGAUUUUAUUCAACCUCUUAGUUCCAUAGAAACCUUUAAUUACACCAGAUUUCAGUAUAUCAUAAUGAAACACAAGUACCUUGAACUUUUAUGCAUCAAGUCAGAGCCUAGUGUGAUGCAGAAUUAUGAUUUUACAGUUGAAGAAGUUGUUAAAUGCUUAAACAGCUUGGAAAGUCUUUGUGUUUCUAAGGAAGAUUACAACAAUUUGUGUUUGCUCUUAACGAUUCCAAAAAUAUCAGAUCAUCCAGAAUAUCAAAACUGGAAUCCCAGUAAUGCUCGAGUCAAGUGCUUCAGAGAUGUGUCACCCCUGGUGGAGAAGUACCUGACUCCUAUGGAUAAAUCAAAACACAACAAUGAGACCGCUGAAGAAGAUCGCCUACUUCAGCUGGUUCUGAAAGGAAUGCUUUAUGAAUCCUGUGUCGAGUAUUGCCAGCAACGAGCAACAAGUUCUGAGCCUUGUGAUGAAAUGACAUUUCCCUCUCUCCUCACAAAUUCUGGCUUUAGUGAUGCUGACCUCAGUCUUAUUUCUUGGUUACAGAACAUACCCAAUGAGACAUUCUCGUGCCCCUUUGAGCAGAAAUCUCUGAACUUUGACAUUAAACAACUGAUAAAGCCAUCUCUGGAAGCAUCAUGGUCAGAGCAGAUCCUGGUGACACCCAUCAAACCUAAGCUGUUCCCACAUUCAGCUGUUCCAAAUCUUAGACCCAGGUCUGCUGAUGUCAUGACAAGAUCUUUGAACCCACAAUUUGAUGGAUUGAGCAGAGGGCUGUGGCAAGGAAGGAAGGAUAUGUCAGCCUCGAUCAGUGGACCAAGUCUUUCACAAUCAAUAUCUGUUGUGUCAGGUGUUGGUUUGAACGCUGCUAAAAAAGAUCCAAUGCAGAUGUCAAUGGAUAAGCUAUUUUCAGAGGGAGAGAUGGUGAACACUCAAAGUUCAGUCGUAUUUGAGGAAACUUCCCCAAGGCAGAAAGUUCAACAAGGAACACCCCAGAAGAAUAAAAAUCAAGAAGAGGAAGCUAAACCAAGCCCACCUGUAGCAACAAUAGCUCCACAGGAUAAAAAUAAACCAAACCCAAAGGCUGAGGAUGAAGUGAAUGUGAACAGCUCAAACUCUGAGCUGUUGAAGGAGUUUCAGAGACAGAAACAGGUCUGUAGGGAACAGAUUGAGAUGUAUGAACAACAGAGAGAGAAAAUGAUGAAAGAGUUAAUGACGAUCGAGAGCAAGAGUAGCAUGAUUGACAACAGGGAGGGGCCUGCUACAGAGGAACAAACAGUGUCCAUUUACCCACAAAAUACAGACUCUCAUCACAAACAAAGAAAUAAUACACCAUAUGUAAAUCCGACAAACAACCAUAACUGUGCACCUGUCCAAAAAAUAUCAAAUAAUCCAGCAAAUGUUAUCAGUCAAAAGCCCCAAAAUGUCACACCACCUCCUAAUGAGACCCCUGUCACUAACCAAAACACAGACCCGGUAACCCCUAUUUAUCAGGCUGAUAGCCUCGCUAACACCCCUACCUGUGACUUUACUGUUGGUGGUUAUGAGCUGGGGUCAGAGAGGAGCAUUCUGACACCAUUAGGUAUAGAGGAGGUUCCCACAGGGUUACAAAAUCCUUCAGCAAGCUCAGUUCCUAGAGAGGCAGGUCCAGUUAUAGAUUCCUCAAAACAAACUGCAGCUGUAGUGACUGGCCGUACCCCUAAAAACUCGGUCAAAUCACUCAAAGCAAAAGAAACGCCCACUAAUCCAGGUCGUUCUAAGACAUCAGCUGUCAGAAAAAGCAGCAACUCCAGCUCAGUGGGUAGAGGAAAACAGCCAGAAUCAAGGCCCAUGGCUGUGCCAGGUCCAAAAUCUGUGGGACGGGGCACUGCCACAAGGCCCACUACUCUUAACCCAGGAGGGUCCAGUAAAUUAAAGAAGUCCCCUGUUUGCAGUAAAGACAAUAAACCAGCUGUCAGUGGAGGCAUAGAAACUAAACCAGUGGGACCUGUCAUAUCACAGAGUCCCAAAAAGACACCUCGACCAGUCAGUCAGGCGGGUAUUAUUGGAGAUCAGAAGAUGUCUAGUCCCAAGUUUGUCCCUAUCUGUACCCUAGAGGACAUUCAGGCCAUUAGAACAGUUGCCUACCACCCAUCUGGAACCAUGUUUGCUGUGGGCUCUAACUCCAAAACUCUGAGAGUGUGUGCCUUCCCAGACGUCUCUAAUCUGAGUGAGAAUCACCAGACCUUUGAAACACAGACAAUGUACCUCAAAAACAAACACCAUAAGGGCUCAAUCUACUGUGUAGCAUGGAGUCCAAUGGGGGACCUUCUAGCCACAGGCUCCAAUGAUAAAACCAUCAAAAUGUUCCAGUACAACAUGGAUAUGAACUCACAAGGUCCUGAGAUGGAGUUGUCCUUCCAUGAUGGUACAGUGAGGGACAUUGUCUUUAUGCAGGACACAAUAAAUAGGUCAUCCCUCCUGAUCAGUGGAGGGGCUGGGGAUUGUAAGAUUUAUGUGACAGACUGUGAGACAGGAAUGCCAGUCAGAGCCAUGGCAGGCCAUUCGGGACAUGUGUACUCCUUGCAUACCUGGGGUGGUUGUAUGUUUGUCAGUGGGUCAGCAGACAAGACUGCCAGAUUCUGGGACCUCAGGGCCUCUACUGCUAUCACUGUGGUCCCCAGCUCAACAGGAAGUGCUUUUGCAUCAGUGUGUGUAGACCCCUCAGGUCGUCUCCUGGCCUCUGGUCACGAGGAUGGGAGUGUGAUGCUGUAUGAUAUCAGAGGGUCACGGGGAAUUCAGAGCUUCCGCCCUCACACAGGGGAAUGUCGUACAGUUCGAUUCUCCAUGAAUGCCUUUUACCUGCUGAGUGGAUCAUAUGAUAAGAAGAUCAUCAUGACAGACAUGCAUGGUGACCUUCUCAGGCCAUUACCUAGUGUGGUGGUUGCAGAACAUGAAGACAAGGUCAUUCAAUGUCGCUGGCACCCAUCACAACUAGCCUUCACUAGCACCAGUGCUGAUAGACAUGUCACAUGUUGGGGACUUCCUGUAGUGUAAACAACCACAUGAUCAAGUCACAUGACAGGCACACCACCUGAUGAUAAAUUGCUGUUGUGCGAUUUGAAUCUGUGAAAGCCAGAGUAGAAAUUUAAAGGAAUAUGACGGUCAAUGGUCCAAAAUAUGUUAUGUGUUGCUAUUUGAUAUAUGGUACAUGUACAAAUGAAUUACAGUAUCAUACAGGUUGGGGGGAAACGUAAAUUCCGCUACAAUAGUGGUAUACCACUAUUAUCGUGAGAUUCCGCUAUAUUUUCAGCCGUAGUUGUCCUCGAUUUCAUCAAAUAACAUACUUGCUGUUUAAAGCGCAAGUUAUGAUGGGAAUAAAAAUGAACAAUAAUUGGCAUCCUUACACAUUAUGAAUUUUAUUUUAUUUUCUGCCGAUGCGUUUGAUAAUGCGAACACACUUUUUAAAGCGGAAGUUACAUUUUUAAC